AUGGGAGUAAACUCAAAUAGAGUAGAAGAUGAGAAUCAUUGUUUUGAAACAACUCUCAAUAUCAUCCCAAAUCACAACAACAAUAUUAAUAAUACAACAGCACAAACAAUGGUGGUGCAAUUACCAAACCACCCUUCAUCUCCAACACAAUUACACCGUGUUUGUUUGCCACCAAAAAGAAGCACUCUCCAAAAACUAAAACACAGGGUUUCUGAUAUAUUCUUCCCUGAUAAUCCAUUCCAUAAAUUCAACAACCAAACAUGGCUUAAGAAAUUUAUUCUUACUCUUGAGUUUUUAUUCCCUGUUUUUCAAUGGGGUCCCACUUAUAGUCUUAAGCUUUUUAGGGCUGAUCUUAUUUCUGGCCUCACCAUUGCUAGCCUUGCCAUCCCUCAGGGAAUCAGCUAUGCAAAGCUAGCCAACCUACCACCAAUCAUUGGCCUAUAUUCAAGCUUUGUGCCGCCAUUGAUAUACUCAAUACUAGGGAGUUCAAAGCAUUUAGCAGUGGGCCCAGUUUCAAUAGCUUCAUUAGUAAUGGGAACAAUGCUAAGUGAAGUUGUUUCUCCAACUCAAGAACCAAUUCUUUACCUUAAGCUUGCUUUUACUUCUACCUUUUUUGCUGGUGUUUUUCAAGCUGCUCUUGGUUUUCUCAGGUUGGGAUUUGUGAUAGAUUUUCUGUCAAAAGCAACCCUAAUAGGAUUUAUGGCUGGGGCAGCAGUCAUAGUGUCAUUGCAACAGCUCAAGGGUUUACUUGGGAUGGUCCACUUUACUAACCAAAUGCAGAUCAUUCCUGUUUUGUCCUCUGUUUUGAAGUACAAAGACGAGUGGGCUUGGCCAACAAUUUUAAUGGGCUUAUGCUUCCUUUUCUUUCUUCUUUCAGCAAGACAUAUUAGUGCCAAAAGGCCUAAGUUGUUCUGGUUAUCAGCAGCUGCACCAUUAACAUCAGUUAUCGUCUCUACAAUCAUGGUGUUCGCUAUUAAGCCAAAUCCUCAACGUAUCCCAAUUAUUGGUCACUUGCCUAAGGGUCUCAACCCACCUUCAGCAAACAUGCUCUAUUUCAGUGGCUCUUAUCUCGUUCUUGCCAUCAAAACCGGCCUUGUUAGCGGCAUUCUUGCUCUCACUGAAGGAAUAGCUGUUGGAAGAACAUUUGCAGCCCUUAACAACUACCAAGUUGAUGGUAACAAAGAAAUGAUGGCGAUUGGUCUCAUGAAUAUGGCGGGUUCUUGCUCUUCUUGCUAUGUCACAACAGGAUCAUUUUCAAGGUCUGCAGUGAACUAUAAUGCAGGAGCUAAAACCGCGAUCUCAAACAUAGUCAUGGCAUCAGCAGUCCUCAUUACUCUUCUGUUCCUCAUGCCUCUGUUCCAUUACACGCCGACUGUUAUCUUAGCUGCUAUCAUCAUCACAGCAGUCAUUGGUUUGAUCGAUUACCAAGCUGCUAUUCAUUUGUGGAAGGUUGAUAAACUUGAUUUCUUGGCUUGUGUAUGCUCCUUCUUCGGCGUCCUCUUUGUUUCAGUUCCUCUAGGACUUGCUAUUGCUGUAGGAAUUUCGGUGUUCAAAAUUUUGCUUCAUGUCACUAGGCCAAACACAAAUGUUCUAGGAAACAUUCCCGGAACUCAAACUUACCAAAGCCUAGGAAGAUAUAGAGAAGCAAUGAGGAUCCCUUCGUUCCUCAUCCUCGCUAUUGAGUCUCCUAUCUACUUUGCAAACUCGACCUAUCUUCAGGAGAGAAUACUAGGAUGGGUUCGAGAGGAGGAAGAGCGAAUCAAAGCUAACAAUGACAGCGUGAUGAAAUGCGUAAUCUUAGACAUGAGUGCCGUGACAGCUAUAGAUACAAGUGGGAUUGAACUGCUAGGCGAGCUCAGGAAGAUGCUCGAUAGAAUGUCACUGCAACUAGUACUAGCAAAUCCAGCAGGAAAUGUCAUGGAAAAACUGCACGUUUCAAAAGUCAUAGAAUCCUUUGGCACACAAGGGCUUUACUUGACAGUCGGAGAAGCGAUAGCUGAUAUUUCCUCAUCAUGGAAAGCUCAACCUUAACCAACCUCCAAGAGACAAUUCAAGUAGACAUAAAAUAUAAUUUGGAAUCAUUUUAGGUUAGAAUUAGUCUAGCAGAGUUGUAGCAGUACCAUAAAUGUAACUAAUGUGAACCAUCAAGUUCCAGCUCUUUCAAGGAGGAGAUUUUGAGGCCUUUUUUUUUUUUUUUUUUUUUUUUUUUUUUAAAGUAGGUCUUGGUCCUUUCGGAAAAAAAUAAUGGAAGAAAAGUUGCGCGAAAUAGCCAAAAUACCCUGUGAUUACCUAUUUAAUAAUAGUGAAAACUAGUGACGGUAGGCAAAUACCGUUAUUUUUAUGUU